AUGGGUUGCAGUUGGUUCUUUCCUCUCCCUGCCCGGGGCCCGGGGGCUGGACGGGCUCGCCGGCGGGAGACGAGCAAAAAUCAAAUUAAAGUAGAUCUUGUAGAUGAGAAUUUUACAGAAUUAAGAGGAGAAAUAGCAGGACCUCCAGACACACCAUAUGAAGGAAGAAGACACCAACUAGAGAUAAAAAUACCAGAAACAUAUCCAUUUAAUUCCCCUAAGGUCCGGUUUAUCACUAAAAUAUGGCAUCCUGAUAUUAGUUCCGCCACAGGGGUUAUUUGUUUGGAUAUUCUGAAAGAUCAAUGGGCAGCAGCAAUGACUCUUCGUACGGUAUUACUGUCAUUGCAAGCACUAUUGGCAGCUGCAGAACCAGAUGAUCCACAAGAUGCAGUAGCAGCAAAUCAGUACAAACAGAAUCCUGAGAUGUUCAAACAGACGGCUCGACUUUGGGCACAUGUGUCUGCUGGAGCACCAGUUUCUAGUCCAGAAUACACCAAAAAAAUAGAAAAUCGAUAUGCUAUGGGCGUUGAUAGGAAUGCAGUAAUAGUGGCCUUGUCUUCAAAAUCAUGGGAUGUAGAGACUGCAACAGAAUUGCUUCUGAGUAACUGA